AUGGAUGCAGGGGAAACUACUUCUUGUCGGUUUGAUAGUAUUGAGUGUGAUUGUUUUUCAUACGAGAAUGGAAUUCGUGUGGAUUGUUCAAAACGGAAUCUUACUGCUAUACCAGUUAUGAAUGACAGCGUUACUUGGUUAAACCUCAGUAAAAACAAGAUCAGGGCUACCAAGUCAAAGAUCGAACAUUUGUUGAAUGCCUUUCAAAGAUCUAAGUUAAUCGUAGAUCUUUCUGGUAAUCUAUUAGGCUGUUCCUGUGAUAAUGAAAAAUUUCUUAAAUGGUUAAGGAUUAAUAGAGCUAAUUUUGUAAAUAUUCAGCAAUAUCAGUGCUCGCCAGAAAAACUGAAAUUUUCAUUUCAAAAUCUGGAUCGGUCCAUUUCUAUUUUAGAGAGCAAUUGUAGGUCAUUUUUGACUUGGUAUUUAGCAGGCUCUGUUUCACUUGCUGUAUGUAUAAGCUUGUUGACAGUAGUUUUACUGGUCAGAAACCGAUGGAAGAUUCGUUACAUUAUUUACAAAACUAAACUAAAAUUGCGAGUUAGGGACGAACAUGCUAAUUAUAAUUCUACAGAUUUAAACUAUAGAUAUUAUGUCUUCCUAUCUUAUGCUGGAAUGGAGAGAACAUUUGUGCGGAGAGAUAUCAUACCCCGGCUUGAAACUAACGCUGGAUUACGACUUCUUGUAAGAGACAGGGAUUAUCUCCCAGGCUUGUCUAAAGUGGAUUCUAUUAUGACUGGAAUUCAUGAAAGUAAAAAGGUUCUAGGUAUUGUUUCCAAGAGAUAUCUUAAGUCAAAAUGGCGUGACUAUGAGCUCAACAUGGCUAAAGUGGAGGAAAUCAAGGAUCGUGGAAGCACAGAUUUUGUUAUUCUGAUCUUGUUACCGGAAGUGUACAACAGUGGCUAUCCUAGUAAAGUUAUGAGCCUUGUGAAGAAAGACUGUUUUAUUGAAUAUCCCGAAGAAUCUUGUGCUUAUGAUGACUUUUGGGAGAAACUGAUCAAAAUAUUAAGGAAUGAUUAAUUAAAAGAUUUGUGUAUGGAACAUAAUAUGUGGACGGUGCGACCGUUAGGGCGAGCGCAGAACUUAUCCAGUUUUCAUUUAAAUCGGACUCGUCAAACUGCACUUGACAUUCGGUGCAUAUAAGACUCUGACGUCACAUGACGUCGUUUGCAUGUUGCUUUACCAAACCGAAGCCUGAACAGGGCUGAUUUCAAUCAGUUUAUGACUAUUUUCGGCAAGAUAAAUUCAUUAAAUCAAGGCAAGUUUAUUUUUCUUUUAACUUUUAUCAUUAUUCUUGCGAGAACGUGGUUUCAGUCUGUAUACGAAGCGAUGCAUUGUGGGUCAAAAUUACUG